AUGGUCACUGCUCUCUGGAUUCCCCAAUGCAACGCAGCUAAACCCGAUCUUUUCUGGUGGAGGAUGGAGUCUCGUCGUGGACUCCAUCUCCUCCAGAAUUGGCUCUGUGCCAUUUCACUCUCCGUACUUUUAUUAAUAUCCUUGGUUCCCCCCGCCUCUUCUCCAGUCCCACGUUUUUCUCUCCCUACACGGUUGCAUCCUUUGUUCUUGGUUGCUUGGAGUUUCUUGUCGUGUUCCCUUUUGAUCCCUCCAGUGACAAUGGAUUCCUGCCCUCCGUUCACGGAAUUCCCCCACAUGAUACCCAUGUCGGGCGCCUCAUCCCAGCCUUACGACGUCUCCGAUGCUUCUCUGUCAGCCAAAGAUCACUUGGCGACGCGAGCCUCACACUUCCAAUUCCACUUGGCCUCUCCUUUUGACCAGCCCAAGGCCCACGAUACAUCAGCCACGCAACCUUGGUGGAUGGACGAGGAUCCAUCCCUCAACGUCAACUAUAUCGCCCCCGAGUUCCCAGUGUCCGCGGACCGCUUCUCUCCAUGGAACAGUGAAAUCUCCACGAUCUCAGAUCCGCAAAGUCCGCGAAGUAGUAAUGCCGGGAGCCUACCGGGCAUGCACUGUAUCGCAUCCCCUCAUUAUUACCAUGACGAGCUUGCCUUGACGACCACCACCGACGAGCAGGCUGGUUAUCCUGCCCCCGACGCUCUCGUCGACAUGCACCACCCCUCUUUCCGCUCCGAACCGGUCGUCUUCGAGGUCCAGCCCAAUCAUCGCUCAUCCUUUGACACUGACUUGGACCCCUGGUCCAGAAGCCCGUCAGACCGAAAUAGGACGCCUGAACAACAGUGGCCAUCUCCACUGCCAGUCGAGUCCACCACUUUCCCUCCACAUCAAAAGCGGGCCAAAGCCCGUCCGGCUCCGAAACCUCGCGUGCGCAAGCCGGCUGAAACCCGAUCAACUUCUACAAAAGCUCGCAACGGCCGCCGUCGCGCUGGAAGCAGCACUCAUCACGGCGAUAAUGGGGUGCCCCGAACGUUUAUCUGCAGUUUUGCACCUUACGGAUGCCAAAGCACCUUCGUCUCCAAGAACGAAUGGAAACGGCACGUCACUUCCCAACACCUCCAGCUAGGCUUCUAUCGCUGCGACGUCGGCAAAUGCAACGUCCAAACCCGCAUCACCCCAUCCAAGUCCCGCCGGUCCCGCACCUCCAGUCCACCCCCGGGCCAACCCAAUGACUUCAACCGCAAAGACCUCUUUACCCAGCACCAUCGACGCAUGCACGCACCCUGGCUUCAAGCAGGUCGCCGUCGCACCCCGACCGAUGCCGAGCAUGCCGCGUUCGAGAAUGGCCUGGACGAAGUCCGCCGACGGUGCUGGUACGGUCUCCGCACGCUGCCGCAGCAAAGCCACUGCGGCUUCUGCCUAGAGGUCUUUUCUGGGGAGGGAAGUUGGGAUGUGCGAAUGGAGCAUGUCGGGCGCCAUUUUGAGCGGGAGGACCGACCGACGCUCGGGCAGGAGGAGGAGGAUUUGGCAUUGCGGGAAUGGGGGCUUCGAGAGGGGAUUUUGAGGCUUGUGGACGGAGGACGUUGCCGAUUAGCGUCACUCACUGGGGAAUGA